AUGUCUCUCUCAAUACCCAACGCCCCCAACGCCGGCUUGUUCAAGCAAGGCUACCAGAACUACGACGCUGAAGAUGGCGCUGUUAUCCGCAACAUCGAUGCCUGCCGAACUAUUGCCCAGACCGUUCAGACCUCUCUAGGUCCCUAUGGCCGCAACAAGAUCGUCAUAAACCACCUCCAAAAGAUGAUCCUCACCUCAGACGCGGCAACAAUAUUGCGAGAACUCGAGGUUGUACACCCUGCGGCAAAGCUCCUUGUCAUGGCCAGCCAGCAACAAGAGGCAGAGAUGGGUGAUGCGACAAACCUGGUCAUUGUUUUGGCUGGUGAGCUGUUGAAGAAGGCCGAGGAGUUAAUACGGAUGGGCCUGAAGACAAGUGACAUUGUCUUGGGUUACGAAAAGGCACAACUUGCGGCUCUGCAGACACUGGAGGAGCUGGUAUGUGACAAGGUCGAAGACAUCCGCUCGCAGCAAGAACUCAGCAAAGCCAUCCGCACCGUAGUCGCAGCCAAGCAGUCCGGCAGCGAAGACUUUCUUGCUGACCUCGUCGCCGAAGCCGUUCUCGCUGUCCUCCCCAAGAACCCCGUCAACUUCAACGUCGACAACGUCCGCGUAGUCAAGAUUAUGGGUGGUGCUCUAGAGCAGAGCAAAGUUGUCAAGGGCAUGGUCUUCGCAAGGCAGCCAGACGGCACUGUCACGAAGGCGACAAAGGCCAAGGUCGGAGUCUUCUCAUGUCCAGUGGACAUUUCACAAACCGAGACCAAGGGCACGGUAUUGCUACACAACGCAAAGGAGAUGAUGGACUUCACAAAGGGCGAGGAGCAGCAAGUGGAGCAGAUCAUCAAGGAGCUCCACGACUCUGGUAUGAGGGUCGUUGUUGCUGGCUCGACCGUCGGAGAGCUGGCCCUUCACUACCUCAACCGCUACAACAUCCUCGUUAUCAAGGUCCUUUCCAAGUUCGAGCUUCGCCGGUUAUGCAGGGUGGUCGGUGCUACACCGCUCGCUCGCCUUGGUGCGCCUAUGCCAGACGAGAUGGGUACCAUUGACGUCGUUGAGACUAUGGAGAUUGGCGGCGACCGCGUCACAGUAUUCAGGCAAGAGAACGAACAGACACGGACCGCGACCCUGGUCCUACGCGGUGCUACUCAGAACCACCUCGACGAUGUAGAGCGGGCUAUCGACGACGGUGUGAACGUAGUCAAGGCCAUCACUCGUGACCCCCGGCUGGUACCAGGUGCAGGAGCAACGGAGAUGCAGCUUGUUGAAAAGAUCAAGGCGAUCGCGGACAAGACAUCAGGACUGGCACAAUACUCCAUCCGCAAGUAUGCCGAGGCUUUCGAGGUCAUCCCACGGACGCUCGCGGAGUCGGCCGGUCUGGAUGCAACUGAAGUUCUCGCUAAGCUAUACGUUGCACAUGCUGCACAGAAGGGCAGGAAAGACGACGAGUGGACGGUCGGUGUCGACAUCGAGAACGACGACAACACUGGUACACUUGACGCGAAGGAGGAGGGCAUUCUGGAUCUCUGGGUCAGCAAGAUGUGGGCCAUCAAGCUCGCGACCGAGGCUGCGAGGACGGUUCUGAGCGUCGACCAGAUCAUUGUCGCAAGGCAAGCUGGUGGUCCCAAGAUGCCUGGAAAGGCGCAGCCGGGCAACUGGGAUCAGGAUGAUUAG